CAGAGCCAAAGAAUGAACGGAAGUUGGAUACAUUUAUGAAUGUCAACCCGGAGCAUGGUGUUCUGUGGCUAUAGGUAACGCUGAAUAAAAAUGUUUGCAUACAGUUUAUUUCGGAUGGCGCCGUCCACCCAGUGCAUUAGAAACGCUGGAGCGUUUCUGAGCAGAAUAAGCUCGUUAAACAGAAUACAGACAUGUGGCUAUGCUAAGAAAGUUGGAAAAGGUAAAGGCAUGAUGAAGGAGGAGCUGAAAGGUCCAGAGGUGUGUAAAGACCCAGUUAGACUUACCUCUUAUGCCGUUGGGGUUAACAUCUACAAACAAGGUGAAGACCCUAAACUAAGGCCUACUGAGGAAUAUCCUGAGUGGUUGUUUCAGAUGAACUUGGGGAAAGCCAAAAAGCUGCACGAAUUGGAACCUGACACUUGGGAGUACUGGAAACGUCUGAGGAAGGAGAACAUCUGGCGCUACAACAGACUGCACAAAGGAAAGAAGAUGUAGGACCUGCAUUGGACUGACUUGUGGGUGUGCGGUUCACACUGUGGAGUAUGAAAGUGAUAUGACUUGUGUUCACAACUCAUGUCUGUAAUGACAACCGCUCUUUGUCACAUGCCAUUUACUCCCCAGGUUACAUGGUAACUGUACUCAAAAAUGGAACGAAAGUGUGGAUUUUUUUCAAGUUAUUACUCCUGUGUAGGAAAGACUGCCCAAAGAGGUAAUGGAGUACAGUUCAAUAAAAGUAGACCAGUACAAAAAAAAAAUGAAAAGUUCUGCACGAUAACAAAACUCCAGAACUACUCUGAUAAUAAAAGAUGGGACCUAAAAUGGUCUCUAUUCAUUUCUGUA